AUGCUUAAACAAAUUCUUCAAGGGCAAGCUGAUGGGGUAAUGGACACAAGCAAGAAGCUAGCUGAAAUACACUCCAAGAUCGAGAAUCUCAACACAAGGGUUUACUCUCUGGAGAAUCAUGCUUCUUCUGUUGCUGCUGCUACAAAGCAAGGACAACUACCUGGUAAAGCUAUUCAGAACCCCAAGGAACAGUGCAAGGUCAUCUUCAUUCAAGAAGGACUUGUUGAAGAAGAGGAUCAAGAGAGGGUUAUUGAAGAUUUUUGUUUACUGCUGAAUGAUGAUGAGAUUGUUGCUGCUGAGGCUCCUGGAGUCCAGAUUGAUCAACCAGAAGUGCAGGCACCUACUGUGGCCCUUCACACUUCACCAGUUGAGCUUGCACAACAAGCUCGAUCAGCAGCUCGAUCGAGUCGAACUCUACCUCGAUCGAGUCCGACAUCUUCUGUCCCAAAACCAAUUCUGCUUGAUCCCUACCAACCGGUUGCCACUUCCUCAUCUCGCCUACUUAGUCAAGGGCACAAGGAAUUCAGAAGAGAUCUUAGUGGGAUUGGAAUUGAGUUGCCUCCUAUGGAUAGCAUGAGUGAGGCAUUUGAUCAAAUGCAAAUGGUCAAGGAUGUUCUAGCCAACAGUGAUAAAGUUUCAGAGGUCCUGAAGGAGUCUACUCAUCAGUUCAACCUGCUUACUUCACCCACCUUCCUACCAAAGGUCAAGGAUCAAGGGAAAUUCACUCUCCCUUGCACACUUGGGCAUCUUGAGCUUGACAAUGCCUUAGUGGAUUCUGGAGCAAGCAUCAAUCUGAUCUCUCUCUCCAUGGCAGAGAAGCUAGGCAUUGCUGGAGCCUUGCAGCGCCCUACUACUUCAAUCAUGUUUGGAGAUGCAACUUCUAAGUCUCCUCUUGGAGUGUUCAAGAACUAUCACUUGAAAAUUGGAGAAUGCAUCAUCCAAACUGAUCUUACUGUGAUGGAGAUGGAAGAAGAGAAGGAUCUACCUCUGUUAUUGGGAACCCCAUUCCUUAGUACAGUUGGCGCUUCAAUAGACUUUCACAAGCAAGAAGUGAUCCUUCACAAGGUUGACAAAGAACCAAGAGUUGGGAAGGAUAAGGUUGAGAGAGGACCAAGGAUUGAGAAGCCACGUCUUGAGAGGGCUAGAGUUGAGAAACCACGAUCUGAUAGACCACGAGCUGAUCGACUUGUUCAAGCCCCUUGUGUGCUUGAUGAAGAAAGCCUUCAAGCUUUGUUUGAUGAGCCACUAGGAAGGGCUCUAAAAGAAGGGGAGGAUGUAGCCUCUAAGGCAAGACCAGGGGAUAAAAGAAAGAUCCACCAGCUCAGGCCCCUUCAGUCAAGCCAUCUCAGCUCACAAUGA